AUGACUCCGUCCUAUGCGUCCGCGUUCGCGGGUGCCCUUCUCCUCCUUGGCAGACUCCCUGGCUCGGCCGCCGAAUUCAAGACCAGCUCUCGCGAUGAGAUUGUCGCAUCUUCCAACAAGCUUGCCAAAGACUUAUUCACCGUCUACGAGGGCGAUCAGCCUGGCAAAAUCCCCGGCAUUCUCCCGGGGCCUCCCACCCCGAGCUCGGGCGGCUACUACUGGUAUCACGGCGCCAGCUUCUUUCAGACCUACGUCGACUACCAGCACCUGACCGGCGACGACUCCUUCCAAGACAGCAUCGUGAAGGCCUUAGCCUUCCAACUAGGCCCCGAUGCCAACUAUAUGCCUCCUAACUGGACCGCCUCAAUGGGGAAUGACGACCAGUGUUUCUGGGGCACGGCUGCGCUACAGGCUGCGGAGUACCAAUUGCCGAGCGCGGAUGGCAAGCCCUCAUGGAUCGAGGUGGCCAAGAACGUUUGGGCGAAUCAGGCUUCGCCGGACCGAUACGACGAGACGUGCGGGGGCGGGCUGCGUUGGCAGAUUAUCAUGUCGAAUGCUGGGUAUAACUACAAGAAUACCAUGUCAAACGCGUGUUUCCUCAACAUGGGCGCCCGUCUCGCGAGGUAUACUGGCAACACGAGCUAUGCGGAACACGCUGUGAAGGCGUGGGACUGGCUCGAAAGCGUUGGCUUCAUUAACACCACAACUUGGGAGGUAUACGACGGAGCCAACGUGGACGACAACUGUACCAGCCCUGCGAAGUACCAGUGGUCUCAGAACGCGGCUAUUCUUACAGAGAGUGCCGCGUUCAUGUACAACUUCACGAAUGGCUCCGAUGUUUGGCAUGACCGCGCCAAAAAGCUUGCCGAGGCCAGCAUCAAGACAUUCUUCCCUAAGGGCAUCGCCUAUGAAGCCGCCUGCGAAGGUACUAAGGGCAGCUGUCCGACCGACGCCAUGUUCAUGAAGGGCUAUGUCCAUCGAUGGCUCUCUGUCGCCACCCAGGUGGCCCCUUUCCUCUCAGGAAACGUGCUCACCGUCUUGAGGUCGUCGGCUCAGGCUGCAGCAAAGCAGUGUCAGGAUAACUCCAAGGGCAUGACGACCUGUGGUUUCUACUGGAGCGACGCCGAGCUCACCGACCCGCAGACUGUAGAUAACAGAACGGGGGGCAUCACUGGCGUCGGUGAAGGAACGAGCGUGCUGGGUGCGAUUUCGGGUCUGCUCAUCGGCGACGCCAAAGCGCCCGUGACUAAUUGGAUUGAGGGCAGUGGGGGCGCUUCCAUGCCUGAACCCACUACUAGCACUGGGUCUGGAGGCACUCCCGGUGGAACGGGCGGCUCGCCGUCGCCGACGGAGUCGGAUUCACUGGCUGGGCAUUUUGGCACUGACGUUCGUAUGUUGUUGUUUCCUGCUGUGCUUGGAGCUUGUCUCCUGGCUCUUUACUGA